AUGAGCAAUCUCUUGAAAAGUGUUGUUACCAUCAUUGAUGUUUUCUAUGGAUACACCAACCAAGAUGGGGAUUGUGACACGCUGAGCAAGACUGAACUAAAGGAACUUCUGGAGAAUGAGUUUCAUACAAUUCUGAAGAACCCAGAUGAUCCAGACACAGUGGAUGUCAUCAUGCACAAGCUAGAUAGAGACCAUGACCGAAGACUAGACUUCACUGAGUUUCUUCUGCUGGUAUUCAGGGUGGUUAUGGCCUGUAACAAGGUUCUCAAGAAAGAAUACUGCAGAGCUUCAGGGUCAAAGAAGCACAGGCAUGGUCACCGACACCAAGAGGAAGAAAGUGAAACAGAAGAAGAAGAGGAGACAAGACAGAAAUCAGGUUAUAGACACUCAAGUUGGAAUGAGGGAGAAGAGUGUGGAUAUAGUUCUGGGGGCUUGAGGGGAAAUGCAAAAUGUGGAUAUGGGUCCAACUCCAAGAGGCUGGGUAGGGAAGGUUGUUUACCCAACUCAGGGAAGCUAGAGGGAUCUGAGAAAAGGCACUGUGGGUCUAGCUCUGGUCACUCAUGGAGUAUUGGAAAAGAGAGACAUGGUUCCAGCUCUGGAGAACUGGGGGAAAGAAGUGUUACUUCCUCCAGUGAAUGUGGGGAAGAAUAUGAAUCUGGUUUGUCAUCAAAAAGUGGGGGAAGGAAAGGUCUUGGUGAUCUGUCAGGUAGAUUCUCUAGUGGGCAUGAAUCAAACUCUGCUCAGUCAAGAAGGAGUAGAGGACAAAAGCUUGGGUCUAGCCCUGGAAGUUCAGGAGACUGUGGGAGGCAAAGCCAUGCAAGUGCCAUCAACAAUUCUGGUGAAUGUGGAAGGCCAGAAAAUGAUUCUAGUUAUUUUCAGGCAGGAAGAUUUGGAGAGCAAGGUAGUCAAUCUAACUGUAUCCAGUCAGGUUGUCAACCAGAAAGUGGUGGAGGACAAGGUCAUAGAUGUUUCUCAGGAGGUCAGACCUCUGGAUAUGGUCAACAUGAGGGUGGCUCCUGCAGUGAGUCUUCAAGUCGCAGAGAAUAUGGAUCUAGAGCAUGUGGUCAACUGCAGAAUUGUGAAGGACAACAAGUAGGAACAGGUUCAAGUCAGUCCUCUUGCUGUGGGCAAUAUGGAUUUGGAGAAAAUCAGUCUUCUAGUUAUGAGCAAUAUGGAUCUGAAGCCUAUGGCCACUCUUACAACUCUGGUCAAAAAGGCUCUGGCUUAAAUGACUUUGAUAAAUAUAAACAACAUGGGUCUGGUUCUGAGCAGUCUUCUGUCUAUGACCAACACAGAACAGGCUCAAGCCAAAAUUCUGGCUUUAGCCAACAUAGGUCUGGCUCAAGUCAGUCCUUUGGUCAGUAUGGGUCUGCCUCAAAUCAGUCUUCCAGCUUUGACCAGCAUGGCUCUGGAUCAGGUCAAUCCUCUAAUCAAUAUGGUCAACAUGGGUCAGGCUCAAGUCAGUCCUCUAGCUUUGGCCAGCGUGGCUCAGGAUCAAGUCAAUCAUCUGGCCAAUAUGGGUCUGGCUCAGGUCAGUCCUCCGCCUUUGGCCAACAUGGGUCUGGCUCAGGUCAAUCCUCUAGCCAACAUGGCUUUGGCCAAGAUGGCUCACGAACAAGACAAUCCUCUGGCCAACAUAGAUCUGGUACAGGUCACUCCUCUAGUCAACAUGAGUCUGGCUCAAGUCAGUCCCAUAGCUUUGGCCAACAUGGAUCUGGAUCAAGUCAAUCCUCUGGCCAAUAUGGAUCUGGCUCAGAUCAGUUCACUGGUCAAUAUGAGUCUGGCUCAAGUCAGUCCUCUAGCUUUGGACAACAUGGGUCUGGCUCAGGUCAAUCCUCUAACCAACAUGGCUUUUCCCAACAUGGCUCACGAUCAAGUCAGUCCUCUAACUUUGGCCAGCAUGGGUCUGGCUCAGGUCAAUCCUCUAACCAACAUGGCUUUUCCCAACAUGGCUCACGAUCAAGGCACUCCUCUGGCCAACAUCCAUCAGGCUCAGGUCAGUCCUCUAGUCAGUAUGGGUCUGGCUCAAGUCAGUCCUCUAACUUUGGCCAACAUGGGUCUGGCUCAGGUCAAUCCUCUAACCAACAUGGCUUUUCCCAACAUGGCUCACGAUCAAGGCACUCCUCUGGCCAACAUCCAUCAGGCUCAGGUCAGUCCUCUAGUCAGUAUGGGUCUGGCUCAAGUCAGUCCUCUAGCGUUGGCCAGCAUGGGUCUGGCUCAGGUCAAUCCUCUAACCAACAUGGCUUUUCCCAACAUGGCUCACGAUCAAGGCACUCCUCUGGCCAACAUCCAUCAGGCUCAGGUCAGUCCUCUAGUCAGUAUGGGUCUGGCUCAAGGCAGUCCUCUAGCUUUGGCCAACAUGGGUCUGGCUCAGGUCAAUCCUCUAACCAACAUGGCUUUUCCCAACAUGGCUCACGAUCAAGGCACUCCUCUGGCCAACAUCCAUCAGGCUCAGGUCAGUCCUCUAGUCAACAUGAGUCUGGCUCAAGUCAGUCCCAUAGCUUUGGCCAACAUGGAUCUGGAUCAAGGCACUCCUCUGGCCAGUAUACAUCAGGCUCAGGUCAGUCCUCUAGUCAGUAUGGGUCUGGCUCAAGUCAGUCCUCUAACUUUGGCCAACAUGGGUCUGGCUCAGGUCAAUCCUCUAACCAACAUGGCUUUUCCCAACAUGGCUCACGAUCAAGGCACUCCUCUAGCCAACAUCCAUCAGGCUCAGGUCAGUCCUCUAGUCAGUAUGGGUCUGGCUCAAGUCAGUCCUCUAGCUUUGGACAACAUGGGUCUGGCUCAGGUCAAUCCUCUAACCAACAUGGCUUUUCCCAACAUGGCUCACGAUCAAGGCACUCCUCUAGCCAACAUCCAUCAGGCUCAGGUCAGUCCUCUAGUCAGUAUGGGUCUGGCUCAAGGCAGUCCUCUAGCUUUGGCCAACAUGGGUCUGGCUCAGGUCAAUCCUCUAACCAACAUGGCUUUUCCCAACAUGGCUCACGAUCAAGGCACUCCUCUGGCCAACAUCCAUCAGGCUCAGGUCAGUCCUCUAGUCAGUAUGGGUCUGGCUCAAGGCAGUCCUCUAGCUUUGGCCAACAUGGGUCUGGCUCAGGUCAGUCCUCUGGUCAAUAUGGAUCUGGCUCAAGUCAGUCCUCUAGCUUUGGCCAACAUGGGUCUGGCUCAGGUCAAUUCUCUAGCCAACAUGGCUUUGGCCAACAUGGCUCACGACCUAGGCAAUCCUCUGGCCAACAUAGAUCUGGUACAGGUCAUUCCUCUAGUCAACAUGGUUCUGGUUCAAGUCAGUCCCAUAGCUUUGGCCAACAUGGCUCUGGAUCAAGUCAAUCCUCUGGCCAACAUGGAUCUGGCUCAGGUCAGUACGCUGGUCAAUAUGGGUCUGGCUCAAGUCAGACCUCCAGCAUUGGCCAACAUGGGUCUGGCUCAGGUCAAUCCUAUAGCCAACAUGGCUUUGGCCAACAUGGCUCACAAUCAAGGCAAUCCUCUGGCCAACAUAGAUCAGGCUCAGGUCAGUCUUCUAGCCAGCAUGGGUCUGGCUCAAAUCAGUCUUCUAGCAUUGGCCAACAUGGCUCUGGAUCAAACCAAUCCUCUAACCAAUAUGGGCCUUUGUCAGGUCAGUCUUCUAGUCAACACGAGUCAGGCUCAAGUCAGUCCUCUGGUCAAUAUGGAUCUGGCUCAAGUCAGUCUUCCAGCUUUGGCCAGCAUGGCUCUGGGUCAGGUCAAUCCUCUAAUCAAUAUGGGUCUGGCUCAGGUCAGUCCUCUGGUCAAUAUGAGUCUGGCUCAAAUCAGUCUUCUAGCAUUGGCCAACAUGGCUCUGGAUCAAGCCAAUCCUCUAACCAAUAUGGGCCUUGCUCAGGUCAGUCUUCAAGUCAACAUGGGUCAGGCUCAAGUCAGUCCCCUAGCUUUGGCCAACAUGGGUCUGGCUCAGGCCAGUCCUCUGGCCAAUAUGGAUCUGGCUCAAGUCAGUCCUCUAGCUUUGGCCAACAUGGGUCUGGAUCAAGUCAAUCCUCUGGCCAAUAUGGAUCUGGCUCAAGUCAGUACACUGGUCAAUAUGGGUCUGGCUCAAGUCAGACCUCUAGCAUUGGCCAACAUGGGUCUGGCUCAGGCACUCCUCUGGCCAGUAUACAUCAGGCUCAGGUCAGUCCUCUAGUCAGUAUGGGUCUGGCUCAAGGCAGUCCUCUAGCUUUGGCCAACAUGGGUCUGGCUCAGGUCAAUCCUAUAGCCAACAUGGCUUUGGCCAACAUGGCUCACAAUCAAGGCAAUCCUCUGGCCAACAUAGAUCGGGCUCAGGUCAGUCUUGUAGCCAACAUGGGUCUGGCUCAAAUCAGUCUUCUAGCAUUGGCCAACAUGGCUCUGGAUCAAGCCAAUCCUCUAACCAAUAUGGGCCUUGCUCAGGUCAGUCUUCAAGUCAACAUGGGUCAGGCUCAAGUCAGUCCCCUAGCUUUGGCCAACAUGGGUCUGGCUCAGGCCAGUCCUCUGGCCAAUAUGGAUCUGGCUCAAGUCAGUCCUCUAGCUUUGGCCAACAUGGGUCUGGAUCAAGUCAAUCCUCUGGCCAAUAUGGAUCUGGCUCAAGUCAGUACACUGGUCAAUAUGGGUCUGGCUCAAGUCAGACCUCUAGCAUUGGCCAACAUGGGUCUGGCUCAGGUCAGUCCUCUGGUCAAUAUGGAUCUGGCUCAAGUCAGUCCCAUAGCUUUGGCCAACAUGGAUCUGGAUCUAGGCACUCCUCUGGCCAGUAUACAUCAGGCUCAGGUCAGUCCUCUAGUCAGUAUGGGUCUGGCUCAAGGCAGUCCUCUAGCUUUGGCCAACAUGGGUCUGGCUCAGGUCAAUCCUAUAGCCAACAUGGCUUUGGCCAACAUGGCUCACAAUCAAGGCAAUCCUCUGGCCAACAUAGAUCGGGCUCAGGUCAGUCUUGUAGCCAACAUGGGUCUGGCUCAAAUCAGUCUUCUAGCAUUGGCCAACAUGGCUCUGGAUCAAACCAAUCCUCUAACCAAUAUGGGCCUUGGUCAGCAUGGAUCUGGCUCAAGUCAGUCAUCUGGCUUUGGACAACACUCAGAGUCCAGCACAUCUGGAAGAAGGGGAUCCAGGCAUAGUGAGUCUAGUAGCGGUGAAUGUCAUUCAGAGGUCUCAUGGGAACACUCAGGGUCCACCUAUGGCCAUGAUGGAUCUCAACAUGGAGAAUCAGGGUCCAACAAUAUAAGAAGACAGAGAACUACUCAUGGACAGUCAGGAGAUACCACUAUACAUGACCAGUCUGAUCAUGAAAAAUACAACCAUUCAGGGUCCAGCACAACUGGAAGAAGGGGACCAAGUCAUAGCCAGUCCAGUGACAGUGAAUGGCAUUCAAGGGCCUCACAGGGACAGUCAGGGUCCACCUAUGGCCAGGAUGGAUCUCAACAUGGAGAUGCAACACUAAGUAGUACAGAAAGACAGGGAACUACUCAUAGACAGUCAGGAAAUACCAGUAGACACAAUCAGUCUGGUCAUGGACAAUCCAAACACUCAGGGUCCAGCACAACUGGAAGAAGAGGAUCUAGCCAUAGUGAGUCUAGAGACAGUGAAUGGCAUUCAGGAUUCUCACAGGGACAUUCAGGAUCCACUCAUGAUCAGGCUGGAUCUCAACAUGGAGAGUCAGGGAUCACUGUUAAACCAAGACAGGGAACUUCUCAAGGACAGUCAGGAGAUACCACUGGACAUGUCCAGUAUGGUUAUGGACAAUCCAAACACUCAGGGCCCAGCACAUCUGGAAGGAGGGGAUCUAGCCAUAGUGAGUCUAGUGACAGUGAAAGGCAUUCAGAGUUCUCACAGCAUCACUCAGGGUCCACCUAUGGCCAGGAUGGAUCUCAACAUGGAGAUGCAGCACCCAGUAGUAUAAAAAGACAGGGAACUAGUCAUAGACAGUCAGGAGAUACCACUAAACAUGAUCAGUCUGGUCAUGGACAAUCCAAACACUCAGGGUCCAGCAUAACUGGAAGAAAAGGAUCUAGCCAUAGUGAGUCUAAUGACAGUGAAAGGCAUUCAGGAUUCUCACAGAGACACUCAGGAUCUACUUAUAACCAGGCUAAAUCUCAACAUGGAGACUCAGGGUCCAGCAAUAUUGGAAGACAGGGAACUUCUCAUGGACAAACAGGAGAUACCACUGGACAUGCCCAGUAUGGUUAUGGACAAUCCAAACAUUCACAGUCUAGCACAUCUAGAAGAAGAGGAUCUAGCCAUAGAGUGUCUAAUGAGAGUGACUGGCAUUUAGGAGGUUCACAGGGACACUCAGGGUUCACCUAUGGCCAGGCUGGAUCUCAACAUGGAGACACCAGCAACACUGGAAGUCAGGGCACUACUCAUGGGCAUUCAGGAGUUACCAUUAGACAUGAUCAGUCUGGUCAUGGACAAUCCAAACACUCAGGGUUCAGCACAUCUGGAAGAAGAGGAUCAAGUCAUAGCCAAUCCAGUGACAGUGACUGGCAUUCAGGGGUAUCACAGGGACACUCAAGUUCUACCUAUGGCCAGGCUGGAUCUCAAUAUGGAGAGUCAGGGUCCUCAGUUAAAGGGAGACAGGCAACUUCUCAUGAACCGUCACAGGAUAGCAGCAGACAUGCCCAGUCUGGACAUGGACAAUCGUCAAAGCCAGGAUCCAGCAUAACUGGAAGCAGAGAGUCAAGUCCUAGCCAGUCUCAUGACAGUGAAGGAUAUUCAGAAAUCUCAGAAAGACACUCAACAGCUACUCAUGGACAAUCUGGUUCUGCUCAAAAACAGCUUUCAAAUAGAAGGAACUCAGGCUGUGGGACUGAGGAGCUCAACUUCCCCAGCCUGAAGCCAGCCCAGGAGUGCCCUGCUUUUCACAAGCCAGCAAGAUCCAGGCUGGUUGUACCCAUGGGCCUCAGGGUGGUGGAAGAGCCCCUGGUGCUGCAAUGCAGCUCCCUCUCUUGCCGCUCCCUGCCUUCUGCUUGCACUCUGGGCCUCCAUGGAGAGAGGGAACCCCAGUCUCCUCCAAAACCAAGCAUCUGCAGCAAUCUGCCUCAGGGAUUGGUGGCAGGCACUGGGCACCACAGCAAAGCUCUGUGUAUGGAUAAAACCAGUUUGCUGGCUCCCAGGUUCCCGUGCAGGAAUUCCAGCCUGCAGGACUGUGGGGUUCGGCCUCUCCAGUGGGCCACUGAGGUGGGAGUGCACUGCUCCUCAGCUGUCUGA